AUGAAUACAAAUUUUUUUCUUCAUCAAUAUAGACGACGAUAUGUUAUUUCUCGUCGACAAUUAAUUAAUAAAGAUAAUCCAUUAAUAAAUAAUAGAUUUUAUAUGAUAAAAUUACGUCAUGAUCGAUCUCAUUCAAAUUUUUCAUAUUAUGAUAAUAAUCUAAAAAAUGAAGAUGAAAAUAUUAUAUCAAAAUGGACAAUUGUUCGACAACGUUUACCAGAUAUUCUUGCACUUAGUACAACAUAUAAACCAACAAGUAUACGAGCUCAACUUCUUUUACUUAUUGCAUUAAUGAAUAGACAAUCAAAUCAAUUACAUUCAUUAAAUAAUAAUGGUUGUAUUUCUGAUCUAUCGUGUAUUCCAACAAGUGUUAUUAUUAAUAUUAGUGGUCGUAAUCAUUUAAUUUAUUUAAAACGUAUACCAUCACAACAAAUGAUACAUGUUGAUGUUGAUGGUCUUUCAUUUUCAAUUCCAACACGACAAUUUAUUAUAGCUAUAAGUCGUGGUGAUGCACAUAAUGCAGCAUCAAAAUUUUGUCCACCAGCUAUAACUGAUAUGUUAAUUGAUUUAUCAAAAACAAAAUUUGUUGAUGAUGGUAGAAAAUAUCAACGAAUAUUACUUAAAAGACGUAUUGGUAAAAUAUUAUUUUAUUCUUUGUUUAUAUUUAUUAUUGGAAUGGUUUUAAUACUUAUUGUUAGUAUAUCAAGUACAUUAUUUGAAUUAAAUUCAUUUAAUUAUACAACUCCAAAUAUAUCAAUAAGAUCUUUUUCAUCAAGUAUAGAAACAGAUGAAUAUUGGAAUUGGAGCUAA